AUGUCAAAGCACUUCUUGACAUGCAAGACAGAAAGAAGUAUAUCAGCAAGCCCCUUGAAACAUAUUGUGCGCCCUAAUCUCUUCUGUCCAGCCGGUAUUGAAUCUGCUUUACGCCGUGCCGCAGCUUUCGUUGGCACAGACCACCCCAAGCGCCUGCCCGUAUCCGAAAAGCUCGUGAAAAUGACAGUGGAAGAAAGCGCACACUACGGCAUCACCGAUCCCGAAGCUGAAGAGGAGUGGCUCUGGACUGGUACCACUGGGGAUGGCCAUGUUCGCAUCGGAGAGGAGAAGCGCAUGUUCGCGGUGGCGAUGUUUCACCAGCUUCAUUGUCUACGCCGAAUUCGGAGUACCCUUGUCGAAGGGUGGGGCAACAUCCCGGAGGGACGGAAGAGGCAUAUACUCCACUUCUUCAACUACUUGAGGCAGUGGACACUAUGCAAUGCAGAUGUGACCUUGGAGAAGGGAGACUUUGCGAAGAGGAAUUUUACAACGGAGAGAAGGGGGGCGACGCACACGUGCAUUGAUUGGGUGCCUGCAUAUGAGUACAUGACGGAGAAGUGGUUUGAGUGGGAGGAAUUCAAGAGAGUGAAUAAUAUACCUGAGCAUGACGAUGUUACUAAGUAG